AUGAGGAAGAUGGACGCUCUCGCUCCCGCUCCGCCCUCCUUGCCGGCCACCCCGCCGGUCUCCGGCCACGCCCCAGCCACCAAACACCCUCCGGACGCCCCUAUAGCGGGCCUACCUCUUACCACCAACCCCCUAGACGAGCUCCUACCGUCUGUGGCUCCACCGCACUCGCUAUUCUUCGACCUGCCUUAUGUCAAGGCCGGGCAGGUUACGUUCCGCUGCUUCCUAGGCUGCGGCAAUGCCAUGGGCUUGGAGUUUGAAGAUGAUUGCUCCUACUACCUCCGCCUCGACAUCACCACCCCGACCCUCCACCUCGCCUCGCCACUCUACAUCGCCUUCGGCUACUCCAACCGCCACCUUGACGCCAUAGUUGUCGCUGCGCUGCUCCAGGCCGUCCUGGGCAGCUCUGCUGCUCACUUCUUCGUAGCACAAUGCUCUCCUCUGGUCUUCCGCUUCCACGUCGCUUCUGCGCGUGUUGCAGAGAUCAUCCUUGCUCAAAACAAUCUCCGCUACCGCAACUAUUCCUUCUCUUUCGUUAGAAAUCUGCCAUCACUCCCGCCUCCACCGCGCUCUGCCGCAUCAUGCAUGAUGCUUGCCCAGCUGCUCCAAAUCCCCGACGACCUGGGUCUUCAGUUUGAAGCUGUGGCUUGGUCACAGCUUCGUUCCCACGUUACCGCCCGUCCUGGCAGUCAAUCUCAUGGCUGCCGAAUGUACGCGCGAGUCAUCGAAUUUCCAUUCACUCUCAAUGCUACGACCAUGGCCCUUGUCCUUGCUCAUCUGUUUGGUGGCUCCUAUCUACAUUUUAACACCACCGACGAUGGAGACUCCUGCUUCUCCUUCACCGUUGCUUCGCCCGGCGUAGCCAAACUGAUCACCUCCAUGGGUGACUACCACAAGAGGGGCAUGCUGAUCCGCUUCCCAUGGCCUAUGCUCAUGGGUGGUGCCCGACGUCUUCUUCGUGCUGAGGUCAUGACCCCGUCGCUUGGUUCCACGUCUUCCUCUUCGUCGCCGGUCGUCACUGCAUCACUACCACCAGCGCCAUGA